UCGGACGUGACGUAAGGAGGGUUCCGGCUUCGGCCUCCGCCGCGGCCUCCGGUACUGCCACCGCUGCCGCCGCCGCCGCCGCCGCGGCUUGUCCUCCUAACAUGGCGCCGCUAGAUCUGGACAAGUACGUGGAGAUAGCGCGGCAGUGCAAGUACCUUCCCGAGAACGACCUGAAGCGGCUGUGUGACUAUGUUUGUGAUCUACUCUUGGAAGAGUCGAAUGUUCAGCCCGUGUCAACACCAGUAACAGUAUGUGGGGAUAUACAUGGACAGUUCUAUGAUCUUUGUGAACUGUUCAGAACUGGAGGCCAGGUUCCUGACACAAACUACAUAUUUAUGGGUGAUUUUGUAGACAGAGGUUACUAUAGUCUGGAGACCUUCACUUAUCUUCUUGCGCUAAAGGCUAAAUGGCCUGACCGUAUUACACUUUUAAGAGGAAAUCAUGAGAGUAGACAGAUAACACAGGUGUAUGGAUUUUAUGAUGAGUGCCAAACCAAAUAUGGAAAUGCUAAUGCCUGGAGAUAUUGUACCAAAGUUUUUGACAUGCUCACAGUAGCAGCUUUAAUAGAUGAGCAAAUUUUGUGUGUUCAUGGUGGCUUAUCUCCUGAUAUCAAAACACUGGAUCAAAUUCGAACCAUUGAACGAAAUCAGGAAAUUCCUCACAAAGGAGCAUUUUGUGACCUGGUGUGGUCAGAUCCUGAAGAUGUAGACACUUGGGCAAUCAGUCCCAGAGGAGCAGGUUGGCUUUUUGGAGCAAAAGUCACAAAUGAGUUUGUUCAUAUCAACAACUUAAAACUCAUCUGCAGAGCACAUCAGCUUGUGCAUGAAGGCUAUAAGUUUAUGUUUGAUGAGAAGCUGGUCACAGUGUGGUCUGCUCCUAACUACUGCUAUCGCUGUGGAAACAUCGCUUCCAUCAUGGUCUUCAAAGAUGUCAAUACGAGAGAACCAAAGUUAUUCCGGGCAGUUCCAGAUUCAGAACGUGUUAUUCCUCCCAGAACCACGACGCCGUAUUUCCUUUGAGGCCAUUGCCAUUCCACUGGCCCACUUUUUGCCCUCUUAUUCCCCGCCUUUCUUGUACCCUCUACAAUAUACUUUUUAUUGAGCACUUUGCUGCUGAAAUGCUGCCUCUUGCCUUUUUUAAUUUUAAAUUAUCUAAAUUUAUUGUUUGUUAUGGUGUCCAUAGCAAUGUUUUUCUAUCAAUUUCAUCACUCAUCCCAUCCCCACCUUGGACUUGUUUGAGAAGACUUGAGAAAUGUCUUAAUACAUUGCUGCAUGUAGCUCUUGCUUAUUUGCUGUUCUGGGGAAACAGGAUGCAUUUCCUCUUUUAAAAAGCCAAUUGACAAUUACAUGGAAAUCCUCCUCAUUUGUAUCAGCCAGCCUUCUGUUUUUGUUUGGUAGGGUUUAAGAAAUUUCAGCAGCAAAGUUGUCCAGUGGGCAGGAUGGACUGCAAUGCCUGAGUCAUGUACCCUUGUCCCAGCUGUAAACUUCACUGUCCUUACUGGAUGAUGAUUUGAUGUUUUAAAAGGGUAUAAAAUAAAUUGGUCUAAAGGGCUGCCCUCCUUGUUGUGUUUUUAAAUUUAGUUAAAAACUGCUACAGCUUAUGACUUUGUACAUUAAGAUAAUUGUACUGAUCUUUUUCAGAUUUCUUGUACUUUUUAAUAAAAUAAUCUUAAAACCCAGAUAGGUUGUUAGAAAUUUUAAACAAUUUACAUUGUUACCUGAAAGUUUCUUUUUCUUUCCUUUUUUUUUUCCCCCUUAUUUUCCUAAGAGUUUUUGACCCUUUGGUUAGUAAGUCUAAAAUUUCAAUUGAAAUUCAAUAUUUUUUUAAAAUUUCACUAAAUUGUGCCUAAAAACAUAACUGCCAUAUUAAUGUUUUAAUUUCUAUUCUCUAUAGUAAUAGAAAAACAUUUAAUGCUUGUAACACUGGUGUGUUGAUUUGAUAACCAUUUGAGUAGAAUGUUCUCUAUCCAGUUUACACUCUGUCAUGAUUAUCACCAAGUAAAUGUAUACUUUUCAACAGCAACCAUUCUCUCUCUGUAACCCUUAACCUUAACUUAUUACUAAGUAUUCAGUUUUUAACUGCAACUUUAAAGGCUGAAAAUUCAGAACCCUUGUUUUUUGUGAACUGUAAUCUUAAGCAGAUCAUUUAAAGUAUGAAAAGAAACAGACUGUUCUCUUGUGAAGGUCUGUUAUACCAUAUUUCAGCUCUGUGUGUGUAAUUUGACUAUCUAAAGGUUUGUGAUGAUCAGUUCUUGAUAUGUAAUUGUCCACUUAAUAAGGACAAGUAUAUCAUUAUCUCUUAUGACUAUUGUCAUAGAUGAUUUUGGGAUGUACCAUCUUGUGAAAUUGUUGGUAUCCCUUUACAGUGAUGAUAUUUUUUUGUUAUCCCAGGAAAUCUGUGUGAAGCAAUUGAUAAAGCACUUUAGCAUCUGUUCAGGUAGUUUUAAAAAAAACUUUUCCCCUUCAGGAUAAGAACUUCCAGGUUACCUAAAAAAAUGCAAUAAAAAUCUUAAUAGUCUAAGCUUCUUGGCGAACAAUCUUUCAUCAGGGUUUCUUUUACUGAAUGAGCACAAUAUUGUUUUUUAUUUUACUUGUUCCCAACCACCCAGCUCCUUUUACAGUUUUUAAAUGUGUAGCUCUAUGAAAGAAGUGACUAAGACAUUUGCUGCACACACUUGAACUAAUGGUGGGUCAGUAGCUGUGUGUUACUGUCCUAACCCCAGUGUUAUUCAGGUGGAAAGGAUCUUUAUCUCACAAGAAUAUGUAGUUGCCGGGCGUUGGUGGCUCACGCCUUUCAUCCCAGCACUCGGGAGGCAGAGGCAGGCGGAUCUCUGUGAGUUCGAGACCAGCCUGGUCUACAAUAGCUAGUUCCAGGACAGCCUCCAAAGCCACAGAGAAACCCUGCCUCGAAAAACCAAAAAAAAAAAAAAAAAAAAAAGAAUAUGUAGUUACGUAUUUUAUUAAUUUGUGAAACACUGGAAUUAAUGGUGCAGACAACUUGGUGUGGUUUGUUUUUUUUUUUAACAGCUCUCUGCAGUAGUUUCUUGUUUGCGUUACCAUAAAUUGUAUUUAAGUGUUUGCCCUCCACUGCUUUUAAGUUGUACCAGUAAAAUCAGUAGCUCUCAGUCCCCUCUUACUACUCACACUCCUUAGCUUAGGUUGAUGUGGUUGUUUUCAUUCAUCUUUAAUGUGACUUAUUUUCAAGUCAUGGUGUACUGCUUUUGUUUGUCACUAGCUGGGCAUGUGCCAAUAAUAUCCUGUCCAUCCCUUAACUGCCAUCUCUGUUUUGCCUGACUUUUCUUCAACGAAAUAAUGACUUUGAGGCAUGGAAAAGGUAGUUUUUUCUAUUAGACUUGUGAAGGAAAGAGAGAGUGAAUGUAUUGGACCUUGCAAGGCUGAAAAAGAAUAUUUGGAUCCCUCUACUAAACAAGGGCUAUGUAUUAUACAGAGUAAUCAUGUGGUGGGAAAUACUUGCAAGCCAGAGAUCUGUAGGCGAGGGAAUCUGCUACUCCCUGUAUCUAGGCUGAAUGUAAAAUACCCUAUGUUGUACCAAUGGGGCUAAGAACUAUUUUUAUUUGCCUGUGAUAUAAUUGGUUUCAAUAAAGUGUCCUAGGCUCCAGUGA